GAUAGGCAAGGCCCGACGGCAUAACAUAAGCCAGAAAAUUAGUUUCGAUUCUUGUCUUCUCUUCUUAAGGGAGGACUGCGAGAGUAGAGUGUAAAGAGACUGAGAGUUGGAGGCAGGCAGGCAGCCACUGCAAUGAAACUACAAGGUUUAAGCAGUAUAAGAACAAUCAAGGCCAUGAAAACCGGGCUUUGCUCGGCUCAGUUUUCAAGUCAUUCUCAGGGUCUUCCUAAAGUUAAACUGAGCGAUGAAGAGUUAGUGUCAAAGGUGCUUAAUAGAAGAUGGAUGUUACAUAUCCCAGAUACUGAAAUUCACCAAAUAAAGCUUUCUCCAUCGCAAGGACGAAAUAGGGAUGGACCAUCUGGUAACUUACCCUUUUUGAACAAUACCAGACCAUAUUUUGGUGAUGACUUGAUGGAGAAGGGCAGUGAAGAUCCUUUCUUCUAUGUUGUAAGGGAUGAUUUGUUGCAUCCGUUGGUAAAUGGUAAUAAAGCGAGAAAACUAGAUGCAUUGCUCCCCCUCCUUCUAGAUUAUUCUGUGACUGAUGUGGUUACAUGUGGAGGCUGUCAAAGUGCGCACGCAGCAGCUGUUGCUGUUUCAUGUGCUGAGAGAGGGCUAAAAUCACAUUUGCUUCUGAGAGGAGAGCAGCCUGAAAUUCUGACCGGUUAUAACCUAAUUUCAACAAUAUAUGGAGAUAUCACUUAUGUUCCUAGAUCUAUUUAUGCCCAUCGGAUGAAUAUGCUGAAGAGUCAUGCUGAUUUGGUGGCAAGCAACUCUGGCCAUAUUUUAUGCUGUAAUGACAUCCUUGAGUCUUCUUUAUCAGCCCAGUCUGGUACUCCAAGCUCUGGGCACAUAGAUGCUCAUGGAAACACCGAGAACCAUCCAAGAAAGGUCGUAAUCAUCAAUGAAGGAGCAGGGGAUGUUGUAGCAUUACUAGGUGUCAUUCGCCUGGUGCAGUAUCUGUGCCAGAGUCAUUUACUUGGAAAAGAGAGACAGAUAAAGCUGGUUGUAGAUGCUGGCACUGGAACAACAGCCAUUGGUUUGGGAAUUGGAGCCCAGUGUUUAGGGCUCCCAUGGGAGGUAACUGCAGUCAUGUUGGCUGAUACAAUUGAUGCAUACAGACAACAAGAGCAAAAAUUAAUCUCUGAUUUCAGGACACAAUUUGGUUUUCAUCUUACUGACCAUUGCUUGAAUGAAGUAGAUGGAGUUGUUCAUUGGGUCGCGCGCUGCCAUCAGAGAAAAUUUGGCAAUAUUUUGGAAGGAGAAACAGAGACAUGCCAACAAAUUGCACAGCAGACUGGUAUUCUAUUGGAUCCUGUGUAUACUUUGGCUGCAUGGGAAAUGGCAACACAACUUAGCAGGGAAGAAAUGGAAGGGGGUGCACGAGUGGUGAUGCUUCACACAGGGGGCACUCUAGGCAUGUUUGGUUUAGCACAGAGGUAUAAAUCUUACUUCCAUAAGCUCAAAGAAGGAUUAUCCUCUGUAAAAGUUGCACUUCAUUAACUUUGUGUGUGAUAAUACCAUACCAUUCAAAGAGUUCUUCUGUACCAACUAUUUGUAAAUCUUCAAUGCAAAUUGCGCAGAAGAGUUUUCGUUGCUA